AUGCCACGAAGUGAAGUCGUUAUCCGGGUCAACGAUCAUGACAGCGACAAAGCCGAAAACAACUGUCAAUCAUGCGACGGGCCGGAUGACUCAAGAAUGGUUCAAUGUGAUAAAUGUGACAGCUGGUACCAUUACAAUUGCGCAGAAGUCGGAGAAGAUAUCAUAGACAAGGAUUUUAUUUGCGGUAACUGCCCUACCAGAAAAAAUCGCCUACCUAAAGCUACUGCUAUCCCAUCGGUGGUCACUCCAGUAUGUGCUGCAAGCCACAGCCAGACAUCAAAGGGCAUCGUUUCACAGUCACUAGGAAAUGUCAUAUUAUCUACUUCUAUUUCAAAUACACCGUUUAAAGACAUCUUUCCACCGUAUACUGUGAACUCAUUGAUAACUCGUGAUGCCACUGUACCAUUCGUACGCGUGACUAAUCCAAGUCAAGGAACGGUACCACCCAGUGCUCUUAUGCAGCCGAUAUCCACAGUAACCUUACCAGCAACUUCCAGUUUUAUGAAUCCUACGGAUGCACGUCCCACUCAGUUGGCAACAAGUCUACAGGUAAAUACACAGCAGAAUCCUGUGGAAAACGCGAAACACUGUUUAAAGGGUGCAAGCUCGAAGGCAUCAACUAAACAAUGGCAGUUGAAACUAGAAUUACAAUUGUUGGAACAAGAAAGAGCACUGGAAGAAGAAGAAGAACGGAAGAAACGUGAAUACUUACGCAAACGUUACGAUCUACUGCGAGAGCUGAUCGAUGAAGAUAAUUCAGUAACGAGCGUAGAGGAGGAUUAUACCAAUAUCAGAGUUUCAGAAUGGCUCCGCAGUGUCACACACGGAAAUGAAACCCGAAUUCAGUCAGAAGAGACACGACGUUCGAAGGUAAAUGACUCUGAAAACUGCCGUGCGACACCCGCAUCACACCCAAGGCAGCUAAACACGACGUGGCCAGCUAGAACGACGGUGCCUUUCCGUAUGACAGAAAAUUCUCAGUUACCAAGGAGAGGUACACAAUUUGUAAAUACAGACGCAUUCGAUCCUGUACGACGCUCUACACCGAGACGAACCGAGUUAUAUGACGACGAUGAAGGCAACAACCUAACGCGUAGCCAAGUUGCAGCUCGGCAAGCUGUAUCACGAGAGCUCCCGAACUUUAGCGGAAUUCCCGAGGAGUGGCCGCUCUUUUUUUCUACAUACACAACUACAACUAGUAUGUGCGGGUACACUCCAGAAGAGAAUCUGAUACGUCUGCAAAAAUGCUUGAAAGGCAAGGCAUAUGAGGCAGUGAAGUGUAGACUUAUGCACCCAUCUAAUGUACCCGGUAUCAUUGCUACUUUGAGACUACUUUAUGGAAACCCAGAAAUUAUUAUACAUAAUUUAAUAUCCAAGAUAAACUCAGCUCCGUCACCGAAAGCUGACAGAUUAGAUAGUAUAGUUGAAUUUUCUAUAGCUGUACAGAAUCUUUGUGCCACUAUUGAAGCUUGUCAACUUGAAGAGUAUGCAUACAAUGUCGUUUUGCUACGUGAACUUGUCGAUAAGCUUCCUACAUCACUUAAAUUGGAUUGGGCCAGAUUCAGACGAACUAUUCAGGGUGCUAAUCUCACCACAUUCGCAGCGUGGCUGUAUGAUCUUGCCGAAACAGUUUGCCCGUUAGCAGCGUUACCCAGUUGCGAAUUGAAACCAUCGCGAAUAAUGAGAAAGAACUCAGUGUACCUGAAUACACAUGAUGAACAGGUGGAUGACAACGGCGCAAGUGGAAUUGAGCCUAGCUCUGAAGCUGCUGUGUGUGUGGCUUGCAAACGCAACUGUGUCAAUUUAGAGAAAUGUCAUCAUUUCAGAGAGCUCGAGUACAACUUAAAAUGGGCAAUAGUGAAGAAUUUCGGCCUAUGCAGAAAAUGCCUUCGUAAACACAAGGGAACAUGCAAGUCUCAGCAAAUUUGCGGAAAAGGUGGAUGCACUUAUAAACAUAAUCAACUUUUACAUAACGAUCGUCUGACGUAUACUAGGGCGAAUCUCCCAGAUUCUGUAACAGCUCAAACAACGGAACAUGAAUGUAACAUGCAUCUUAAAAACAUUCAUAAGAGCUUAUUUCGUGUAGUCCCAGUGAUCUUAUAUGGCUCGAAGAAAUCCCUCCAGACGUACGCCUUUCUUGAUGAUGGUUCAUCACUAACACUCAUUGACGCUAGUCUCGCAAAAGAGCUGAACAUUGAAGGAAAACCGGAGCCACUGUGUUUAAGGUGGACAGGGAAUAAACGUCGUCAAGAAAAUGACUCGAUCAGAUUUGACAUAGACAUUUCUGGAACAGGCGAUAAUUGUAAAAAGUACAACCUACGUGGUGCUCACACAGUAUCAGGUCUUGACCUAUUUCGUCAGUCUGUUGAUAUGCAGCAACUAAGUCAACAUUAUAAACACCUUAGUGGCAUUCCGGUCGAAUCAUAUUGCGACAUACAACCAAAAAUUCUCAUUGGAAUUGACAAUGCAAAUCUUUGCUACCCACUAAAAGGUAGAGAAGGCAAGCUUAACGAACCCAUUGCGACAAAAACACGACUGGGAUGGGUAAUUCAUGGAGGAUGGAAUGAGAGCACUGCCUUCGUUGGUCACCAUAGCCGCCACCUGUGUCCGUGUACGGAACAUAUCGACGAUUUGCUUCAUCAAUCCAUACGCGAGUACUUUUCUUUAGAAAAGGUAGGAACUAUUAAACCAGAGAGUAUUGUAUCAUCUAUCGAGGAUAAACGAGCUAUUCAAAUUUUGCAAUCAUUCGUACGAACAAAGAACGGGCACUAUGAGGCACGCUUGCUCUGGAAAUAUGACCAAUUUAGGCUCCCGAAUAGUAAACCCGUUGCCCUACAGCGCUGGCGUUGCCUGGAAUCUCGUUUAAAAAAAGAUGCAGACUUAUCUACAGUAAUGCGACUAAAGCUCGAUGAAUAUUUGAAAAAAGGGUACAUCCGCAAACUUUCGGACAUUGAGAUGGAAAAACCACCAAAACGAAUCUGGUAUCUCCCUAUAUUUCCCGUGUUUAACCCAAAUAAACCGUCGAAAGUACGGAUCGUGUGGGACGCAGCUGCAAAAACUAAGGGGAUAUCAUUAAACUCACUACUCUUGAAAGGGCCAGAUCAGUUGACUUCCCUCAUUUCGGUACUGCUGCGGUUUCGCGAGAAUAAGGUGGCCAUUUGCGGCGACAUUAAGGAAAUGUUCCACCAAGUGCUUAUGUCAAAGGAUGAUCAGGAUUGCCAAAGAUUUUUAUGGAAAGAAAAUUCAUCAGACGAGAAACCCAGCACAUACGUCAUGCGGGUUAUGACGUUCGGAGCCAGCUGCUCACCUAGUUGUGCCCAGUACGUAAAAAACUUAAACGCAGAAAACCAUAGAGGGCAGUACCCAGCAGCAGUCAAUGCGAUCAUCAAAAACCAUUAUGUCGAUGACAUGCUGGUAAGUACUGAAACAGAAGAAGAAGCUAUUCUCCUCGCCCGACAAGUUCGGCACGUCCACGCCCAAGCUGGGUUUGAGAUGAGGAACUGGAUUUCAAACUCCGCAGCGGUUCUUUCAGCACUUCAGAACGAGGGAGCAUGCGAAAAAAACUUAAAUCUAGGAUCAGAACUAGCAACCGAAAAGGUUUUAGGGAUGUGGUGGUGUACUGCUACGGACACUCUCACAUAUAAGCUAUCGCCAAAACACGACACAGAACUUCUAUCCGGAAAGCGACGUCCAACCAAAAGGGAAGUUCUUAGUACAUUAAUGGCAAUGUUCGACCCACUCGGACUAGUUUCAAAUCUGCUGAUAUAUUUGAGAGUCCUACUGCAAGAGAUCUGGCGUGCUGGGAUCGAGUGGGACGAUGAAAUUCCGGGUCAUUUGUUCGAAAAAUGGGAGCAUUGGUUAGAAGUACUUCCAACAGUACACAAGGUCCGUAUACCAAGAUGUUACCGCUCCGCUAUAACGAUCAUGCCAGGUACCGUCACUCAACUACACACGUUUGUCGACGCGAGCGAGGUCGGUUAUGCUGCUGUGGUUUAUUUAAAGUUCCAGCAAGAAAACAACAUAGAGUGUGCAAUAGUAGCUGCAAAGUCGAAAGUGGCUCCGCUGAAGUUCGUCUCCAUUCCAAGACUUGAACUCGAGGCGGCAGUUAUUGGAACAAGAUUGGCGAAUACAAUUACAAACAGCUUAUCGUUCGAAGUGGAUGAGCGAUAUUUCUGGACUGAUUCACGCAAUGUGUUAUGCUGGAUUCGAUCUGAUCAUCGUCGGUAUUCUCAACAUGUCGCCUUUCGUGUCAGCGAGAUUCUCGAGACAAGUAACAUAGCUGAUUGGAAGUACGUCAGCACGAAAGAAAACGUAGCUGAUGAGGCGACAAAGUGGUCACGCCGGCCAGAACUAGGAAGCAACAGUCGGUGGGUAAGAGGACCUUCGUGGUUAAGGCAAUCUAAAAAAAAAUGGCCUGAAGAGCCGUUCACUUCAGGCCAUACUCAAGAAGAGCUGCGUUCAACCAUAUACUACCAUCAUUUUGUUCCUAUACCGCCGGUGAACGUUACAAAAUUUUCUAAAUGGAGGCAAUUAGUUCGUGUGGUUGCUACGGUACUUAGGUCCGUUGCGAACUUUCGAUGCGCCAAGAGCAGGAUGAAACACAAGCACGGCCCCCUUACCAGUCAAGAGCUAAACGAAGCUUCGAAUCUUCUUAUUAGGUUUGCUCAAAGCGAAUCAUUUUCAGAGGAAUUCGCCAGUUUUUCUACCGUACCUCCUACUCUUUCGAAAUCAAGCGCACUGUAUAAGCUAAAUCCGUUUCUCGAUGAUCACAAUAUGAUAAGAAUGCAAGGCAGGAUUGGUGCAUGUGAAUACGCAACUAUGGAUGCACGAAAUCCAGUCAUACUCCCGAAAAAUAACUAUAUCAGUAACCUUAUUGUGAAAGACUACCACGAGCGUUAUCAUCAUUGUAAUCACGAGACAGUGGUCAAUGAACUGCGGCAAACUUUCUGGAUCCCUAAGUUACGUGUGCUAUUUAGGAAGGUGAGAUCAGACUGUCAGACCUGUAAAAAUUUAAGAGCAACACCUAAUCCUCCUUUAAUGGGCGAGCUGCCAAAGGAUAGACUCGCGGCGUUCACGAGACCCUUUUCCUUUACCGGCGUGGAUUAUUUCGGACCAUUGACGGUAACGGUAGGUCGUCGAACGGAGAAACGAUGGGGAGUGCUAUUGACGUGCUUAACUACUCGGGCAAUUCACCUAGAGGUAGCCCACACGUUAAACGCCAGCUCGUGUGUGAUGGCCGUCAGGAAUUUCAUGGCGAGGAGAGGCGUGCCAUUGAAAAUCAUUAGCGACCGUGGCACUAACUUUACCGCAACCAACAAGGAGCUCAAAGCGGCAUUAGACGCCAUGGAUCAAGACAAGCUGAUCCAAGAAAUAGUCAGUCCCAAAACAGAAUGGCAGUUCUUGCCCCCAUUAUCCCCCCACAUGGGAGGCUCCUGGGAGCGGUUAGUUCAAACAGUUAAGGCAAACUUGCUUAAAAUCAAACCGCAACGUACCCUCACCGACGAAAUUCUUCAGAACCUUCUAACAGAAAUAGAAAAUCUCAUCAACUCGCGUCCCCUAACGCACGUACCAGCAGAUGACCCCGACGCACCCGUUCUAACGCCGAACCAUUUUCUGCUGGGAUCGUCAAGCGGGCUCAAACCAGCUUCCAACAUUGAUGAUAGCGGCAUCCUGCUGCGGCGCUCCUGGCGUACCUCUCAAGUUGAAGCAAACAUAUUUUGGCGUCGAUGGAUGCGCGAUUACUUACCGGACCUGGUUAAACGUACGAAAUGGCAUGCCGCAGUUGAACCAAUAAAAGAAGAUGACAUCGUUGUUGUGGUUGAUCCGAAGCUUCCACGCAAUUGUUGGCCUAAGGGUCGAGUUAUUGGAGUCAGGAAAGGAAAGGAUGGUCAGGUAAGAGCAGCUACUGUUCAAACACAAUAUGGGCAUUACGAGCGCCCGGCUACUAAGCUAGCAGUCCUGGAUGUUCGACGCGAUACGUUGGUAAGACAAGAAACUGGCGUACCGGGGGGGACUGUUACGACCCCUCGGUCGGCGCAUCUCACAGCGACGACUUAA